UCACAGGAACUCCAGGAAGGAGGGCGCCCUUCCUCCCGCUGCAGCCUUUCUCUUGGUCGCAGGCCGAGGUCCCGUUAUUUUUUCAUCAAGGGGUUGUCACACUUCCCUCCCCCUUCAAAAAGGACCGGGGGUGCCUUGUUCCUGUCUCUGGAGCAGAUGAUUUCCCUAUCCUCCUGCCUUCGGUAUCGACUUCCCACCUAGUGAUCAGCUUGCCCAACUAUUGUCUCCCUAGGAUGCUUUGUUUACUUACUUGCAUUUCCUCUUUCCCGGGAAUUUUGUGGUGCCUUUAUUUAUUUUUGGGAAUGACUGACAAUAUCCUUCUAGAGUUCCUCCCAUCUCCUCUUUGAAGCCUCAGAGAAAUAUAUGAUCUCAGAUCACUUAGAAUUGUGUAUAGAGUCCUCUGCUUUCUUAUGGGAUUUGCUGCUUUUCUUGUUUGACAGAUUUAGUUUCUCCUUAAAUUGCAUGAUGAGAACUGGGUCAGAAAUGUGUUUUCAACAGAUUGAGUUUUGUGAUUUUUUUGGCUUCCCGAAGGCAUUUCUUUUCUCUAUAACUUAGGGUAGUUAUCCAUACAUUAGUAGAGUGUAUCUUUCUGGUGGAAUCAAGAUUAAGUGGAUUGAUAUUGGAUCCUAGGAGAAAAAACAGUAAUCUGGAGAUAUUGUGGAUUUGAUAGAAUUGAGUUGAGUGGCUUCAAUGUGCAGUAUUUCUCAACUUUUCUCCCAAUCAUCUUCAUCAAGAGCAUUAAAAACAAAUAAGGACUACACAAUUAUUUUGAGAGAUCAUCCUCCCUGAAGAGGGAAUAGACGAAGAAACAUUUUUGCAAAAAAGACCUUGGUAUAUCCCAUGAACGAAACAGCAGAUCUCGUAUCGGGGUGCAACAGUACUCCGGAGCCAGUUAUACGGCUCAGAAAAGGUUACCAAUCUGAUGUUUCUGCAAAAGGUCAUAAUGAUAACCACCAAGGAGAAGACUUGGGGCCUGAUUUAGCGGCAUCUAUUCCCUGUUCCUACUUCAAAAAUAAGUCUGAGGAGCAUGACUGCAAUCAUGGACAAUCUCAGGAAGAUGAGGGAUUUAUGGCCAUGUCCCCCCUUUUACAAGCUCACCAUGCCAUGGAAAGAAUGGAGGAAUUUGUGUGUAAGGUAUGGGAAGGCCGAUGGAGGGUUAUUCCUCAUGACGUACUGCCCGAUUGGCUAAAAGACAACGAUUUCCUUUUGCAUGGGCAUAGGCCACCUAUGCCUUCCUUUCGAGCCUGUUUCAAGAGCAUCUUCAGAAUACACACAGAGACGGGCAACAUCUGGACACAUCUCUUAGGUUGUGUUUUCUUCCUAUGCCUGGGAAUCUUCUACAUGUUUCGACCAAACAUUUCCUUUGUGGCUCCAUUACAAGAAAAAGUAGUUUUUGGAUUAUUCUUCCUGGGAGCCAUUCUCUGCCUUUCCUUCUCAUGGCUUUUCCACACUGUUUACUGCCACUCAGAAGCAGUCUCCCGGAUCUUCUCCAAACUGGAUUAUUCUGGCAUUGCCCUCCUGAUCAUGGGAAGUUUUGUUCCUUGGCUUUAUUAUUCCUUCUACUGUAAUCCACAACCCUGCUUCAUCUACUUGAUUGUCAUCUGUGUGCUGGGGAUUGCAGCCAUCAUUGUCUCCCAGUGGGAUAUGUUUGCCACCCCUCAAUAUCGGGGGGUGAGAGCAGGAGUGUUUCUGGGCUUGGGCCUAAGUGGGAUCAUCCCUACACUGCACUAUGUAUUUUCGGAGGGGUUCCUGAAGGCCGCUACUAUUGGACAGAUAGGCUGGCUGCUGCUCAUGGCCUGCCUGUACAUCACUGGAGCUGCACUGUAUGCUGCUCGGAUUCCAGAGCGCUUCUUUCCUGGAAAGUGCGACAUCUGGUUUCACUCCCAUCAGCUCUUUCACAUCUUUGUGGUUGCUGGGGCUUUUGUGCACUUCCAUGGUGUCUCAAACCUCCAGGAGUUCCGUUUCAUGAUUGGUGGGGGCUGCAGUGAGGAGGAUGCAUUGUAAAACCUGCCAGUGUCCCUGGAUCAUAACCCCAAACCAGGGCCAGCAGCGGCUGUGAACCACACUGACUGGCCAUUGAUGCAAAACACCAGAAAGAGCCCUGCAACUUUGAAACCCAUCUGGGCAUCGAGGCUUCCCAGGGGCUGGACAUGGUACACGCUAGAGAAGAGAAAAACAAAAAUAAAUCAUACCUCAAAGGAUGGAGUGCAUCAAUUUGGAGAAAAAGAGAUAUACACUCAAACUUAACUUAUUCUUAGGAAUCUGCAGAUUGAGGGCCAUGGAGGACCCUUGGCAAACUGGCUUCUGUUCAAUGCCAUAUUUAUUUGUAGAAGAUGGGGGCAUCUUAGUUGGCUGUUCUUCCCUUCCCUCCUCUCCUGUCUCCUUUUUUCUCCCCACCUCUCCCUUCCUCUCCCCUCCUCUCAUUUCCUCUCUUCUCUUUCUUCCCUACCCACCCCUUCCCUUUUUUAAAUCAACCACAAUUUGGGGUAAACAUUUAUAUCUUGCUAAGGGACAGGGGUGUGAUUUUAGAUGCUCUUUUGGGAAAACAAAGACAUUAAUGUAAAUAAGAUUUCUAACUUUCUGUUUAAAUAAGAAUUUAUAUAAAUGUUUAAAACAUGGGGGUGGGGUGGGGAAUUUUUGUAAAGAAUGAAACAUGCAAGUACCACACACUGUUUCAAUUUUGCACAAAGGAGACUGAAGUACUUGGUGAGCACCCUAUCACAAACAAUACAUUAAUGGUAUCAAGGUGCCUCUGUAAAGGCUUGAAUACCUCGGGCUAUAUUGAGACAGAAGCUGUGGCAGGCCUAGCCCAGUAGUCUAGUGACUACUCUUAUACCUGGGAUUCUUGGGGCAGUGAACUAGAGGGUUAUUGUAUGUGUCUUUUUAGUGGGAGCAACAUGUAAAUGGACAUGAUAGUGUGAAAAGGUCCAGAAGUACUCAUCUGCAUAAAGUUUGGAUGCCUUUUGUGGGAUCCUGCUUUCUUGUCUUAGCAGAUGCUGUAAAUGACACUUCUAAGAACUAAAAAUCACUUCUUUGAGAAAGGCUGUUCAGGGCUGCAUUCAAGCAAUAUAUAUGCAAGCGCUGUAGGAGAUGAUGGGUAGAAAAGCUUUGGAUUUAACACUGGGGCAAUGUGAGUAAUUUCUUGGCAGCCUGUCUGAUAUGUGUGGUAUUACUUAUCUUUGGAUGAUGAGCUACAUCAGUUUCCUAUAUCCUUUCUCUAGGAGACACUUAAAAAAACCCUUCUGUAUUGAAAUCACUGCUCUAAUUCUACCUUUCUUCCCACUAAGAGUGAGUACUUCUCCCUGAUGUCUUGGUUGAUAGAAGAAAGCCAGCCAUCAAACCAGGCUUCAUCUUGUCCUGGUGCCUCUUAAACUCAUUUGCAUAAGUUGUGAAUACCCUUCAAUUUAUAAAGAUGGUUUUUUAACCUUUGGCAUACUUCCUUUCUGAUCCCCUUUCUUGAAGAGGAAAAUCAGCCAUACCAUCUUAAAUCCAAGUUUAAUACCCACUUUCCCCCCUGGGGAACAACUUGGCCUCUGUCUUCAGUACUUGUUAAGCCUCUAUUUUUAGGGGAUUAUAAGAGGAAGCUUGUUUGGGAGAUUGUAUAGGAUCUUUGGGAUAAUGUCCUAAAAAGCAAUUUGAUAUAGAAAAAAAAAUUAUUUAUGACUCCUCUUCUGGCAUGAGUGGUGUCAAGGAGAGUGGUUAAAGUUCUAAGAAACUGGGGCUUCAGUUUCAAGUAAAUUCUGAAGUGACUUGUUUAACAGAUAGAAACCUUAAAUUAGUUAUAACCUUGGGAUCAUGGGUAUUGGGAACCAAAUGAUGAGACACCAAGCAUAGCAGCUCACUUUCUGUAUUGAUGUUCAGUGAAACAGGAAAGAUUCAUUUGAUAGAAAGUUUUUUUCUGUGUAAUUUUGCUCUCCUCUUCCCUUCUGACUCCUGGAUCUCUGAAGAUGCCUUAUAUAAAGUGACCAGAAACUGGAGGCCAAGGAGAAUGGAUCCGUGGUAGGACUUGGGAGAGGAUUAAAAGUAUUUGGUUCUGGGUGAGGUCAUUGCCCUGUGUGCCACCAGGACUGAGCACAGAAAGCUCAGGUGAAUGGCAUAUGUCCUGAAGGGAUGAAGAGCAGUAUUAAUCCCUCUGAGGAAAUGGGAUCCAUCAGGACUACAGCCACCUGGGAGGAAGCUCAGUCAGUUUCAUGGAAGCAACAGUACAUGACACAAGCCUGAUAAGUUCUUCUGUAAUGCACUUUGGGUUACAGUAUAACAGGCCCCUGUGUCACAUAGUCACUGGUGCCAGUUACCCUGUGCACCUUAAAAGGAGGAAGGUGAGCCUGAUCUGAUAGAGCACAAACCCUUGGGGGGAAAAAAGUUAACUCUACCUAAACUCAAUCCAUUGGAAGCUCUCCCUCAUUAGGGGAUGUGUGUGUGUGUGUGUGUGUGUGUGUGUGUGUGUGUGUGUGUGUGUGUGUGUACGUGUGUACGUGUGUACGUGUGUACAUACAUAUGCAUGUGUAUGUGUGCAUUACCAAGAGCCUCCCUGUGCAUUUUGUUCUACUGUGCUAGCUGAGAACUCUCACCAGGUUGGCACCUGAAUGCCUUACUCUCAGCAAUCAGAGGCUUCCUUGCUCUGUGUGAAUCUUAAUUUAAUUUUCUUUUGGUCAUAGGUUAGGACCUCUAUGGCAUCUUUUCCCCAUUAAAUAGUGGCCUUGUUCAGUAUGUUUCCCCCCCCCCCCCCAAUUAAAUUACUGAAGCCACAAAGCACAUUCUUGGGGAUCAUGGAGGGUUGGGGUUCCAGAACGGCAUCUGUGAUAUUUCCAUUCACCAUGGGAUCUCUCAACUUGCUGUAUUCUUAACUUCUGCUAAUAAAACAAUAAAAUGAAAAUAGAUUCAA